AUGAGUCCACACACCGCAUAUUAUACCGUACCCAAUGACAGCAAAACGCACUGGGAUCUCAGAUACCUACUCUCAACUUCUAAGCCCUCAACAGCGACGGCCGCCGACAACACCACUGACUUGCCACGCUCGACCCGGGAUGUGGGUCAGAGCGGCGAGGUCAUCGGCGGCACGGGCAACUUUAUGCCGGCCGGCAUCGAAUCCAAGCAUGCCUAUAUGGGCGCCAAUCACCACGCUGUCCAUGGUGACACUCGUGAUCUCAAGCAUUCCAAGUAUGACCGGAGUGAGUUUGAGCGCUAUCAGCAGGAGUAA